AUGGAUAGAGCAGUAUCAGUCAAAGAUUUUGAACAACUUGCAAGCGAAAAUCUUCACAAACAUGCCUAUGAUUACUAUAGGGCUGGAGCGAACGCUGCUAUAUCUCUUAAUGAUAACGUAGAGAAAUUUAGAAAUAUUCCUCUAAAAACAAGAACCUUUGUUGAUCCAAAGAAAUUCAAAGGUCUUGAGACUACAAUAAUGGGAUAAAAAGUUUCAUCCCCUAUUUGUAUUGCUUCAACUUCAUUCUAGAAGAUGACUAAUGAGGAUGGUGAGUUAGCUAUGGCUAGAGGUGCUUAAGCCUUUAAUCAUACUACUUUCAUGCUUAGCUCAUGGUCUAAUGUCCCACUUGAAGAUGUGGCUUAGCAAGCUCCAGAUUGCUUUAAAAUGUUUCAAAUUUAUCUGUCAAAAAUACCAGAUGUUAAUAAAGAUCUAUGGAUAAGAGUUAAAAAUUCAGGUUUCACUGCGCUUGGACUUACAACUGACACUUAAAUGCUUGGCAAGAGAGAAAAUGACUUGAGAAAUGGUUUCUCAUUGCCAGAAGGAUUGAACAUGGCUAAUUAUAAUAAGUAUAACAAGACUCAUGGUCAAAAUUAAGAUAUCAAAUCCAGUGGAAAGGAUUCAGGUCUUAGUGAAUAUGUCAAGAACCACAAAGACUAAAACAUUGGAUGGGAGAUUAUCAAUGAGAUCAAGAAGAUUAGUGGUCUUCCAGUAAUUGCUAAAGGUAUAAUGUGCAAAGAAGAUGCUCUUACUGCAAUUGAAUACGGGGCAGAUGCCUUGUUUGUCUCUAAUCAUGGGGCAAGAUAACUUGAUACCACACCAGCAACUAUUGAAGUACUUGGAGAAGUAAUUGAAGUGCUCAAAGAAAAGGGCUUAGACAAAAAAAUUGAAGUCUAUUUCGAUGGAGGGAUCAGAAGAGGAACUGAUGUCUUCAAAGCUCUUGCUAUUGGCGCAAAGGCAGUAUUCUUGGGAAGACCUAUCCUCUGGGCAAUGGCAGCAGGAGGAUAAAAAGGAGUUGAAAAAGUCCUCAAGAUUAUGAAUGAUGAACUAAAGGAAACAAUGAUCAGAACUGGCUGCUACUGUAUUGAAGAUAUUUCCAAGAAUGGAGUGAAACUAGAAGAGGAAAAAUUGGUCUACGAUAGGGAGGAAUAUGCUAAAAAGGAUUUCUGGAACGAUAGAUUUAAAGAGUCUAAGGGUUUCUUCGAUUGGUAUGCUAAAUGGGACUAAAUAAAGCCGAAAUUUCUCGAACUCUUUCCUCUUGAAACUCACAGACACUCAAGUUUUCUUAUGGUAGGCUGUGGAAACUCAAAGCUAUCUGAAGAAAUGUACAAGGAAGGAUUUUAACAAGUAACAAAUAUGGACAUAUCAGAUGUGGUUCUUUAAAAAAUGCAAGAAAUCUACUACCCUGAGAAAUGUCCUACCUUUGAAUAGAUGAUUCAUUUGAUUUUGCUAUUGAUAAGGGUACCUAUGAUGCACUGGCUGUAAUCAUGUUUUUAGAGUAAAAUGCUCUAUAUAGUGUGGACCUUCUCAGGAAAUUUUAAGGAAUUUAGUUAAGGAGAUGCUGAGAGUUUCAAAGCUAUCAAGGCUUUCAAAUUUAAUAAACAUACUGAGAACAGAGUUGAAAGACAAACCACUGUCUUAUGCUAUCAAGUAAAAAGAUUUAUCGAAGCAGAGCAAAUUAAGGAGGAGAGUAAAGAUCCCAGGAAAAAGCUGCUUAGACUUAUGAUGAAAGCAAAGGCUAAAAAAUAGCAAGAUGACAUUAAUAAAGCUUUUGCCGAUUAAAAAAUCAUAGAUGAAGCAAUAGCUUAAAAAGAUAUUGAUUAAUUAAAUGUACAAACUGCAAACGCUGAAUAGUAAUCACAGAAUGAUCUUGAAUCUAAUAAGUACCAAGAAAUUGGAGAUAUUCCUGCUGAUUAAGAUGAAAGUAAAGUUAUUGAAUAAGACAUAUAAAAAGAUAAGGAAAACUUGGAAUAAACUAAGAAUCCAAAUUAUAACCCAAAGAGAUAAGAAUUUGUUAUGAUGUAUGUGAUUUACAAAUGA